GACCUGGAGGCGCUGUUCCGGGACACGCCGCUGGAGGCCUGGUACGCGACCCGCCGCCGCCGCUGGGAGCCCUACCUGCUGCCCGUGCUCUCCGACGCCUCCAGGAUCGCGCUCCUGUGGAAGUUCGGGGGCAUCUACCUGGACACGGAUUUCAUUGUCCUCAGGAACCUGCAGAAUCUGACCAACACGCUGGGCACUCAGUCCCGCUACGUGCUCAACGGGGCCUUCCUGGCCUUCGAGCGCCACCACGAGUUCCUGGCGCUGUGCAUGCGUGACUUCGUGGCCCACUACAAUGGCUGGGUCUGGGGCCACCAGGGCCCGCAGCUGCUCACGCGGGUCUUCAAGAGCUGGUGCUCCGUCCGCAGCCUGGGCGACAGCCAAGGCUGCCGCGGGGUCACCACCCUACCCUGUGAGGCCUUCUACCCCAUCCCCUGGCAGAACUGGAGGCAGUACUUCAAGGACAUCAGCCCCCAGGAGAUGCACCGGCUGCUAAAUGCCACCUACGCUGUGCACGUGUGGAACAAGUUGAGUCAGGGCACACACUUUGAGGCCACGUCCAGGGCACUGCUGGCCCAGCUCCACGCGCGCUACUGCCCAACGACGCAUGAGGCCAUGAAGAUGUACUUGUGAGGGCCCUACUGGUGCACCCCACCCCCACCCCAACCGGGCAUCCUGAUAGAGAAGGGCUCCCGGCCAUCAUCCCCCACGGAGGCCAGUCGGGAAGGCCUGGGAGAGGAAGACCUGUGUAGCUGCUGCCCAGGGUUUGGGGCAGGCUCAGAGGAGGGUGGGGAGCUGUUGGCCUGUGAAGUGUCCUUAGAGG